AUGUCAGCACAAGAGGAAACAAAUAAAGCAAUUGCAUAUGCUGAAAAGUGGGAAUUACAAACUGUAUUUGAAGAUGCUUUUGCCAAUCUUCUUAUUGCUCAUCCAAACGAUCCAAUGGGAUUUUUAUAUGAUCAAAUUGUUCCUAAAGCAGCUCCUCCAACAAUUGAUAAGGUAAUUGGUCGUGAAAUCCUCGGAAGUCGUGGGGUCCCUACACUUGAAGUUGAAGUUUGGGCUAAAGUCCAUGGUAAAUCUGAAUUUUUAGCAACAGCUGCAUCUCCAAGUGUAGAUAAUUGUGCAAUAGAAGAUUCUUAUGUUCUUGUUGAUACAUCUAAUCCACGCUAUGGCGGAAGAGGUAUGAGACAAGCAGUUUCAGCUGUAACAUCCGUAUAUCAACCAGUUUUAGAAAAGAAACAAUUCUUUAAUCAACGAGAAGUCGAUGGAUGGCUAAUUCAAGCUGAUGGAACUCCUAACAGAAGAAAAUCAGGCUCAAAUACAAUGAUAGCAACUUCCGCAACAAUUGCAAUUGCUUCAUCUAAAAUAAUGAGAAUACCUCUCUUUCUCCACUUAGCAAAAACAGUAACAGAGAAAACACAAUUUACUGUUCCACGUCCUAUCUUCGCAAUUUUCAACUUUAUGAAUGGCCCUAUAUCGAAGGUUUACUUAAUUCCGGCGGCUAAUGUUCAAGUUGAAGAACAAAUUCGUAUUAUAGGUGAAAUUUACUUGCAUUACACAACUUCAAUGAAAACAGCCGUUUGCAACGAUGGCUGCUUCCCAAUUGAAGGAGACAAAGUUGAUGAUAUCCUUCAAACUACAGAAAUUGCUGUUUCUGGCGGUGGACAUACUCUUGGAGAUGAUGUAUUCCUUGGUUUUGCAGGUAGAGGAGAAUCCAACGCCAAAUUCUGGACAGAUUUAUUUGAUACAUCUUCUGCAAUCACAUACAUCGAAGAUCCUCUUCCUCUUGAAGAUUCAAGUGGACUUAAGAAUUUAAUUGCAAAAUCCAGUGAAAAUAUGGUCAUUGCUUUAGGUAAAGGUAUUUCUUCUCAAGUCAAUAAGAUAAGUACCUCAGUUCCUGCUAAAGCUAUUGUAGUCCGUCCAUCCCAAACCGGAUCUAUAACUACUGCUUGCGAUGCGGCCAAAGCAAUUGAUGGGGCUUCAAAGCUUUGUGUAUUUUCAACAAGCCAGAAUGAAACACAGGAUUCUUGGAUUGUUGAUAUCGCAAUUGCUUGUGGUGCUCAAUUCCUUCAGCUUGGCCCACCAUGCAGAGGUGAAAAUAUUGCUAAAAUUAACAGACUCUUGGAAGCAGCUCAUGAAAUUGAUGGAAUGCAAGAAAAAGAAACUGAUGAAUAA